AUGACGCCAUACGUCGUGCAGAGCGCGGAGGGACGCAUCGCGUGGGGGCUGCCGAUGCGCGACCCGCAACCCGGGUACAUCGUGCAGGCGUUCGUCACCGCCCUCAUGCUCUCCACGCUGCAGGGCCUCCCCCCCCACCAGCUCUCCGCCUACGACGACCUCUCCGCCACCCUCUCCUUCCGCCAACCCUCCUCCGCGCCCUCCGAUCCCCCCGCGCUCGAGGUCCCCCUGGUGCGCGGGUCGCCCUUCUUGACGUUCAUAUUCCCCCCGGGCGGGGCCCCCAUGACGCCCGUGCUGACGACGAUCCAUGCCAUCACGGGCGUGGAGGGAAACGGCGACAGCAGCAAGUACCGCGUUUCGCUCAACAACGGCCAGGUCUGCCCUCCGCGCCAUUUCCAACCGCGGGAAGUCUAUCCCAACAACGCCAUUCCCGAUGGGGCGACCUUAGUGGCGGAUGCGCCCUUCACGGGGACGAUGCGCGUGGCGCUGCUGCCGGGCACCUCCCAACAGGACGAGGAGGCGCUGCUGGAUGUGCACGUGCCUACGGUGCCGGUGGGGGGGAGCGCGCAGGUGGGCGCGUUCCGCAUCAAGUACACCUGGCGCACCCAGCACUGGCGCGAGCCCGCUAAUGGUGACACCGAGGCGCCGCUUCUCAUGCUGUCACUGCCAAUGCACCGGCGCAUGGAGAUGAGCGCGCACAGCCCCUCCCCUGCCUCUGCCCUCCGCCGUCGCCGCAGCGGCUCCUGGUGCGGUGUCAUGGGCACCAUCCGCGGCCACCACAACCCCACGUCUGCCACCCCCUCCCACGCACGCAGCAAUGCACUGUGGUCGUCCGUGCGAGCUGCGUCCGGCCCCGAUGCAUCAGUGCUUGCAUACCCCACCAUCGACGGCCAGGCGGUGGCCAUGCAGGGGGCCGUGUGGCGCCUCAAGGUGCCCAAACGAUCGUCCACGUGGCGCGCGGGGCCCCUCACGUCCGACGCACAGCUGCUGGACGAGCUGAGGGCCAGCCUCAAGCAGGACGUGGCCGCACUGCCGCCCCUCUCCUCCACCUCCACCUAUUUCUUCGGCAAGGCAGCGGCGCGCGCCGCCCGCCUGGCGCUGAUUGCGAAGCAGGUGCGAGAUGAUGACAGCCUGGCCGCCGUGCUCCCGCCCCUGCGGACCGCGCUCUCUGCAUGGCUGGACGACACGUUCCCUGGUAACCGCCUGCUGUACGAUCCCACUUGGGGUGGUGUGGUGAGUGAGGCGGGGUCGCGCGACCAGGGGGCGGACUUUGGAGCGGGCAUGUACAACGACCAUCACUUCCACUACGGCUACUUCAUCUAUGCCACUGCCACCGUUGCCAAGUUUGACCCUGCGUGGCGCGACCAGUACCGUGCGCCGCUCAAGGACCUCAUGACGGACUACAUGUCGCCAGAGCGCACGGCGGCGUUCCCAAGGCUGCGGCACUUUGACGCGUAUGCGCUGCACUCAUGGGCCAGCGGGCUGUUUGAAUUCGGCGACGGGCGCAACCAGAGGAGCUUCAGCGAGGCGGCCAACGCAUACUACGUGGGGGCGCUGCUGGCGUCCUUGCUGGGCGACCAGCCGCUCGCCACGCUGGGCGCCGCGCUGGCAGCCGUGGAGGCCCUGGCCGGGCAGACCCUCAUGCACGUGCCGCUCGCCUCGUCUCAUCCGGAUCCAUCCCUCUCACCCGGCUAUGAGGCUUUGUUUGCGGACGACAACCGCGUGGUGGGCGUGCUGUGGUCCACUAAGCGUGACGCGGCGCUGUGGUUCGCCCCGCCAGCAGACAUGGAGAAGCGCAUGGGCAUCCAGGUGCUGCCCGUCUCGCCCUUCCUCACGCACCUCUUCCCGGACCACGACUUCGCCAAGCAGCUCGUGGAGUGGGCACAACCCGUGUUGAGCGGCGCCGCCACGGACGAGUGGCGCGGCUUUGCGUGGGCGCUGCAGGCGUUGUACGACCCGCAGGGGGCCAGGACGAACAUUGCUGCUCUAACGGCGUUUGAUGAUGGCAACUCCAAGACCAAUAUGCUCUGUUGGCUCGCUUCCAACAUGCCUUAG